GCAGCAGCAGGCCCGCGGGCGGCGAGCCGCGCCUCAGGUGGCCCGGACGGUCGCCCACUCGCCCGUGGCGACCGCCAUGGCCUCCAACAUGGACCGAGAGAUGAUCCUGGCCGACUUCCAGGCCUGCACCGGUAUUGAAAAUAUUGAUGAAGCUAUUACGUUGCUUGAACAGAAUAACUGGGAUUUGGUGGCAGCUAUCAACGGGGUGAUUCCACAGGAGAACGGCCUUCUACAAAGCGACUACGGAGGGGAGACGGCAGAAGGACCCGCCUUCGGCCCCGCGGCGCACACGGCCUCUGCUGCCGCGCCCCCUUCUUCAUCGUCCUCCUGCCACCCUCCCCCCGCCUCCUCCUCCUCCUCCUCCUCCUCCUCCGCGUUCCGGCCCGUCGUGCCAUCCAGACAGAUCGUGGAGAGGCAACCGCGGAUGCUGGACUUCAGGGUUGAGUACAGAGACCGGAACGUCGACGUGGUCCUGGAGGACAACUGCACAGUCGGAGAGAUCAAACAGAUUCUAGAAAAUGAACUUCAGGUUCCUGUGUCUAAAAUGCUGCUGAAAGGCUGGAAGACUGGCGACGUAGAAGACAGUACGGUUCUCAAAUCUCUACACUUGCCAAAAAACAACAGUCUCUACGUCCUGACGCCCGACCUGCCCCCGCCUUCUUCAGCAAGCCAUUCUGGCGCCCUGCAGGAGUCAUUAAAUCAGAACUUCAUGCUGAUCGUCACCCACCGAGAGGUCCAGCGGGAGUACAACCUGAACUUCUCAGGAAGCAGUACCAUCCAGGAGGUAAAGAGGAAUGUGUACGACCUCACCAGCAUCCCAGUUCGCCAUCAGUUAUGGGAAGGAUGGCCGCCCUCAGCCACCGAUGACUCGAUGUGUCUGCUUGCCUCAGGGCUCACCUACCCCUGCCACCGACUCACCGUGGGCCGGAGAUCCUCUCCUGCACAAACCAGAGAGCAGUCGGAGGAGCAGUGCACCGACGUUCACAUGGUCAGUGACAGCGAUGGAGAUGACUUCGAAGACGCUACCGAAUUUGGGGUGGACGAUGGAGAAAUGUUCGGGACGGCAUCCUCGGCCUUGAGAAAGUCGCCAAUGAUGCCAGAAAAUGCUGACAAUGAAGGGGACGCACUACUGCAGUUUACGGCUGAAUUUUCUUCCAGAUACGGUGAUUGCCAUCCUGUUUAUUUUAUCGGAUCACUAGAAGCUGCUUUCCAAGAAGCCUUCUAUGGAAAAGCCCGAGAUAGAAAGCUUCUGGCUAUCUACCUCCAUCACGACGAAAGCGUAUUAACCAACGUGUUCUGCUCACAGAUGCUCUGUGCCGAAUCCAUUGUUUCCUAUCUGAGUCAGAAUUUUAUCACCUGGGGCUGGGACGUGACAAAAGAAGCCAACAGAGCACGGUUUCUGACAAUGUGCACGAGACACUUUGGGAGUGUUGUAGCUCAAACCAUUCGGACCCAAAAGACGGAUCAGUUUCCACUUUUUCUUAUCAUCAUGGGGAAGCGAUCAUCCAAUGAGGUGCUGAAUGUCAUCCAAGGAAACACAGCCGUGGAUGAGCUGAUGAUGAGGCUCAUGGCAGCAGUGGAAAUCUUCACCGCCCAGCAGCAGGAAGACAUAAAGGACGAGGAUGAGCGCGAAGCCCGGGAGAGCGUGAAGCGGGAACAGGACGAGGCCUACCGCCUCUCUCUGGAGGCCGACCGAGCCAAGAGGGAAGCUCAGGAAAGAGAAAUCGCCGAGCAAUUCCGCUUGGAGCAGAUUAGAAAGGAGCAGGAGGAAGAGCGGGAGGCCAUCCGACUCUCCCUGGAGCAGUCCCUGCCCCCGGAGCCCCGGGAGGAGAGCACGGAGCCGGUGAGCAAACUCCGCAUCCGGACCCCCAGCGGAGAGUUCCUGGAGCGGCGCUUCCUGGCCAGCAGCAAGCUGCAGGUGGUCUUCGACUUCGUUGCCUCCAAGGGAUUCCCCUGGGACGAGUUCAAGCUGCUCAGCACCUUCCCCCGCAGAGACGUGACCCAGUUGGACCCAAAUGAGUCGUUGUUGGAGGUAAAGCUGUUCCCUCAAGAAACCCUUUUCCUAGAAGCAAAAGAAUGAACAAAAUCUGAUCGUAGGACUAGUAACUCCUGGACACGUCAGAGGCACAGCACCAAGAACAAGGCUUCUAGCAAAACCACCUUGUACUGUCACCUAACUCAAUGUCACAGCUUUCUGUCUCUUGCAAGCAAAUCCCGAAAAACAAUAAACACAGCUACUUAAAGUUUCCCA